AUGGUCGAAUACAAUGCUUUGUUUAUCGGCCUUGACAUAACCAAACAACUGAGGGUGAAGCAUCUAGAGGUUUAUGGUGAUUCACAACUCAUCGUCAACCAGAUAAAAGGAGAAUAUGAAGUUAGGAAUGAAGAUCUUAUUCCCUAUUACACCGCAACCACUACGCUGGCCAACUCCUUUGAGUGCUUCUACAUUGAUUAUUUACCUCGCCUUAGGAACACAUAUGACAACGCAUUAGCAUCACUUGCAGCUAUACUAGCUCUGCCUGAAGGAGCUACCCAGCAAGUCAUAGUAGUUAGCAGACAGUUGUUCCGACCUAAGUACGCACUACAAAUUAACGCUAUCGACAAAGCGCCAGAACCUCUCGAACCUAGAGAUUGGCAAUUCUUGAUCAUUAAUUAUGUCUUCUACUGCUCACUACCUAAAGACAUCAGAGAAAGAAAAUCUGUUCGCAGACGAGCGCUUAGAUUCUACUAUAAUUCUCAGUCCCAAACUUUAUAUCGAAGGUCAUAUGACGGACUAUUGCUUCACUGCUUGUCAAGCAAAGAAGCUCUUAAGGAGGCUCAUGGUGACAUCUGUGGAGCUCAUCAGCUCAGCCCUAAGUUAUGGGACUGA